AUGCAGUUCUACAAGGAGAGAAUACUCAAUGCUGCACAGUUAAAAAGACUUAGUGAACAUAAAUAUUCUUGUUCGAGUGCCAGUAUAUUGGAUGCAUGGCUCCAACCGUGGUGGUGCUGGCUAGUGUCUAAAACACCUCUAUGGCUAGCACCGAAUCUCAUCACAAUAUUAGGUUUAAUAGUUAAUAUAUUCACCACACUUAUUUUAGUUUGGUACAGCCCUGACGCGCGGCAGGAACCGCCACGAUGGGCAUGCGCUCUCUGCGCGCUAGGCGUCUUCAUAUACCAAAGCUUAGACGCAAUAGACGGUAAACAAGCCCGCCGGACGGGCAGUCAGUCGCCUCUCGGAGAACUCUUCGACCAUGGCUGUGACAGCAUAUCAACAGUGUUCAUAGCGCUGGGCGCCUGCAUAGCUGUCAAGUUGGGAGAAUACCCAACUUGGAUGUUUUUCCAGUGCUUCAGCGCCAUGACACUGUUCUAUUGCGCUCACUGGCAGGCAUACGUGACAGGAACACUAAAAAUGGGCCGAAUAGACGUCACAGAAGCUCAAUACUCCAUCAUGGGCAUACACCUUGUGUCUGCCAUUUUUGGCCCUAGCUUUUGGGCUACUCAGUUACCGACUAUAAACAUCAGUUUGAAUCUGAUCUCCAACUACGCAGUCGUGUUGGUAACAUUGUAUCUAGUGGCGAGUUACGUUAACGUCAUUAUGAAGGGUGGAGUGGGGAAAAACGGCUCCACUGUUGCAGGGACAAGCAUUUUGUCACCGGUGAUACCGUUCUCUCUGGUGGUGGUGCCUGCCUUCAUCAUAUUCCAGAAGAGUGAAUCAAAUGUGUAUCAACAUCAUCCGUCGUUGUACAUCAUGGCGUUCGGCAUGGUCGCUGCUAAAGUAACCAACAGGCUGGUGGUGGCUCAUAUGACCAAGAGCGAAAUGUAUUACUACGAUUGGUCCCUCCUGGGGCCGGCCAUGCUGUUCCUCAACCAGUAUUUCAACAAUGCACUUCCCGAGUACUACGUAUUGUGGCUAUGCACGAUAUGGGUGUGCGUGGACCUGAUCCGGUACUGCGGCCAGAUCUGCCUGGAGAUCUGCGAGCACAUGAAGAUCCACCUGUUCCGCAUCAGCCCCCUCGGCGAGAGAGCGGCCGCGCCCGACCGCAACGUGGCCAGUGACAGCGAGAAGUCGGAUUUAGAAGAUGUAAAACCUCUUCUUAGUAAUGAAAGAUGA